CCCAACUAAAACUAUUUUUUUAACGAAUAGUUGCUGUUUUUCAAGUCUGCUAUAUUAGUUUGUUACCAGCUAAAUAGUAUUGUUGAGAUUUGUUUUGCAAAGUUACUAAAAAUAAACAAAAAAUUUGGCUGUGAUCAACUAAUAUUGAUUAUGUUGGUUUUAGAAUAUUUUUGGUUAUCAAUAAUACAGCAAUAUAAUAGGUGGUGAAUAAAGUUAUGCUGCGCAUAACAAAACGUUUUGGUUGCAUCAAACACGGUCACGGAAGUAACCUGUAGAAACCUGUUCUUCUCGUGUUGCGUUGCGAGUAGGUACUUGCGAGGCGAGUGUAGGUCUAGGUAGUGGAUGUGUGUCUGUUGUGCAAUGUGCAUCGUCUAUGGCGAGCGGGAAAGCCGGCGUUUUCGAUUUUAUGCAUGAAUCAUAUAUCAUCAAGCAACGUCAAGAAGAUUUCAAGAAUGGAGCCGCCGCCGGUAGACGAGGCGGCAGAGAAAACGAUCUCGGACUAUCUGCGGUCUUGGGGAUUGGAAACUUACAUUCCAAAAUUUUUGGAAGAAUCCAUUGAUGUGGAGACUCUCCAAAUGUUGUCAGAGGCUGACUUGAAAGACUUAGUGCCAAUUAUUGGACACCGGGCUAAGCUGACGACACAAAUCAAACUUUUGACCAAUAUAAUGUCAAAUGCUUUUGAGAACACUUGUACUAAUACUACUCCGGACUCAAACAACCAAAUAAUGCUAAUAAAUCGCGAACAAUAA